GUCACAGCAGGUUUGGCAGCGGCGGAGAAGGGAGAAAGACGGUGUGAGAUCGGACAGGGCUAGGCCGAGGGGGCGAUCAUGGUGGGCUUUGGAGCCCCGCGGCGUACAGGCCGGCUGCCCCCCUUUGUGUUGGUGGCGUUGUUAGUGGUAAUCGCCCUCCUGGCUUUUAACUACUGGAGUGUGUCCGCCCGCCAGGCCGCCUUGCAGGGGGAUCUGGCGGCUCUGCAGGAGCAGGUUCAGCGCACGGAGGUAGCCCGGAGCCGGCUGGAGAAGCGCCAUUCUGAGCUGAUGGUGCAGUCGGAGGGCAACCGGCGGCAGCUGGAGCAACGGCUGGGCGAAUUUCAGAACAUAGGGGAUCGACUGCAGGCCCGGGACCUGGAGGCCCAGCGCUGCGAGACGGACAGGGAGAAGCUGCUGGGCAACGUGUCACUCCAGAUGGUAGACAUCACUCAUCUGAAGGAACAGUUGCAUGAACUUCAUCAAGAAUUUUUGCGACAGGAGAAUCAGCUACUUGAGUACAAGAAAAAUAAUACCCUGCUGCAGAAGACACUGAAGGAAGAGAGUAUACAGUGCGCAAAGCAACUAGCGGAUCAGAAGCGUGAACAUGAGGAGAGUAUAAAGAGACUGCAGCAGACAGACAAAGACCAGGAGGAGGUAGAGAAGUCACCCAACAAUGUGGCAGCAGGUGAACCUGGAUCUGACAACAAGAUGGACACGAUAACCGCCAUAGCCAGAGAGGAACGCAUGGAAGAGCCUUCAAGUAACCGCCUACAUUUUGAGAGAGAUGCUGCCAAAGCUGGAGGAGAUGCAGGAAUGCCAGAAAUAGAAGACAGUGAGCCGGCGAAACCAGACACGGUGCCCACUGUUAAAAAGAAGGUAGACUUUGGUGCUCUGACAAAUGAAAUUGGGGAGUCUGAGAAACAACCUUCAUUGCAGCCGGACUCUAUGGCAAAUGCCCAAGCCAAGUACCUCCCUCCUGGUGCCAAAAAGGAUUCUGCCUCCCCCAUAGAAGACAACGCUCUGCACUUUGGGCAGAUUCAGAAGCAAAUCCCCAAAGAGACCAAGUCCAUGGUAUUUCCAAAUAUAAAGCAGAGUCGGUUUUUUGAUGAGAAUGAGUCUCCUGUAGACGCUCAACAUGGUUCUAAAGUGGCAGAUUAUAACGGGGAUGAUGGUAACGUGGGUGAGUACGAGGCAGACAAGCAGGCAGAGCUGGCCUACAAUGAGGAAGAGGAUGGUGAUGGGGGAGAAGAAGACGUACAAGAUGAUGAAAAUGAUGGGCAAGUAGAUGCAGCCGAAUACAGAAAAGAUCAUUUUGGUGAGACCCUGUAACCUGUGGCCUGGAUAAACUGAAGAAUGGAGUCAAAAGUGCCAAGUGCUGGGGUCUUUCUCUAGUCUAAUAAUUUGUACUGUACAAGGAGGCUCAAAGACCAGGAACAGAUGUUCAUACUGGUGCAGGGGAGUAUCAGACCUGUUCUAUACUCGCAUGCCCCUUACUUUUUUGGAUGGGGCAUUACAUGGUUACAGUAGAGCUGCACCUACAAAGGCCACUACACAGUCUCCUCAUGGCCGUGGGAGUUGAGCUUCAUCAUUGAUUGACUCUUUGAUCAUUUGGUUUCCCUCGGGCUGUAAAUAUGAACUUUUUGGCUGGAAGUUUUUGCAAAUUCACAAACAAACUGCCCAAACAUACCUGGAUAUUGAUGACUGUCAUAUACAUAUCUUCUUCCCAGGAACGCUGCCUGUGGAGGAUCUGCUGCGCACAUAAUUACAUGGUUGGAGAGACAUUCAGAUUUGAUUUCUACUCUCCCAGUACAUUAUACUAUGGAUUCUGACUUUUCUGAUGCAGGUCCAACCUUAUGGGAUUUCUUUGACCGGUUCUUGAAGGAGCAUAUCGUAGGAAGUUUCUGAAGAAGGGUCCAAUCUUCCUAGUGUAAGCAGUGUCGCCAAGUACCAGUCUCACUGCAGAUAUAUUUAUAAGAUAUUUGUAUUUUGUAUGUAAUUGGUGUAAAUAGACUCACGCACUGUCCUGUGUAACACGUAUGUUCUUCAAGCAGAUCCUGCACUUUUCACAAAUUCUGCAUAUCAUUGAAGGUUACAAAGGGUAUUUCUGCCGGCUGAUUUACCUUAUGGACCGUCGCCAUCAUCCGGAUCUUGUACAGAAAACGCCUACAGAGGGCAUUAUUUCUAUUCACCGUAGUGGUUGGGUGGCACAAGCGGUUUGGUUAGACCUUUUUUUUUACCCCAGUGCAUGAAUAGGAAGGAAUUUAGAAAUCUAAUACUUAAAAAAAGGAAUCAAAUUGAUAACGUGAUUCUGUCCCCCUUAGUGGAUAUAGGCUAUUCUAGUUCUGGAGCCCCGUGCCCAGCUUGCUCUGUUCACAUCUGUACAUUUGACUGGCACUUGUUGCACACAAGACUUAAUCUGAGCUCCGUGUUCUUCUCUGUGGUAAUUUUGCGGAACCCACACCUCCGUUUGGUUGGGUUCUAUUAUUAUUAUAUAUUUUUUCCUUUACACCUGAAGGAAAGGCCAAGCUGUGAGUUAGAGUUCAUAUUUGAUCUGACACCUGUGCUCAGUGGAGCCACCUACUGGCCUCAGCUGUUCACCUCAGUUAUAGUUUAGGCCCUUAUGCAUAUUUCGCUGUUGGUUUGCCGCAAACUGACACGCAACAUACCGGUAAAGCAAAUGGACCCACAACGAUGGAAGCGCAAAGACAUCUUUUAUGCAAAGACUUCAUCAUAUGCCUUGUUUUCUAGGAUGCUAUGACUAGCGAAUUUCAUGUUAUAAAAUUCGUUCACGCUUUGUUUGGUGGUCCCGGAUCCGUUUUGCAGCCCAUAGACUUCUAUUAUGACGGAAUGAAUAACGGAAUGCCUCU